UCUAAUGAGUACACUCAGUACAGAAGGCUAGAGUUGAUCGCGCCUUGCAGACGGCCAAGAAGCAUGUUAAGCGAGGCCGCGCGGGUUGUAAUCGCCGGAAAAUUCCUUUUCUGGGCUGUCAGCAUCUCAGCGUUCUGGAUGAACUGUCUCAGGCAAGCCCAAGGAUGCAAGUAUGUUUACUGGCAACCCGUGAAAGAAAACCACACCCUGGAAAACCACGUGAUCGAUCAGAUCCAAGGUGUAACACGUAGCUCCUGUCAGGCAAGGUGCUUUAUGAACAACUUGUGUCGCUCGUACAACUACAACACAACGCCCUGUCAGCUAAGCGACUCCGACCACUUGGAGCAUCCGAGUGAUCUCGUGGACAAACCGGGGGCUGUCUACUUGGCUGCAGAGAAUGCAUGUUCAUCAAAGCCUUGCGACCCUCCUAAGAAAUGUUUUCCAUUGUUCACGAAUCCGAUGUCGUACGAGUGUCUGGAUUGCAUGCCGGGGGACCUGUGUAACGCAGUGUUGUGCAAAAAUGCUGAGAAGGUGAUCCGAUGUCCUCAAGGGACCGCCAUCCACGUCACUUCCGCCCUGUUCGGGCGCGACACUAAGAACCUGUGCGGUUGGACACUUUUUGCUUUCUCGUGUGGCACCGUGGACAACGUGCUGGGCAAGAUGCGCGAGGUGUGCGAGGGAAAGCAGCAGUGUUCCCUUCCUGAGGAGGCGUAUCAUCUCUAUUUUGGUAUCGACCCUUGUCCCGGAAAAAGCAAAUACGUCAGGGUGCUCUACAUGUGCACUUGAUUAGAAAGGCCUUUAGCGGCCCAUGCUGCGGCCUGGGCGUGUCGCCAAAUAAGAUGUCCCCUUAAAGUCUGAGCCAAAUUUGAAAUUCUCAAGAUUUUUUAUUAGUCUGAUAUUUUUGGCCAUGAUCGCGUGUUCUUGAUUAGGAAAAAAACUAUCGGAAAAUGAGACAACCCGGACUUCAAAAAGUUUUUGCUCCCAUUACCAAAUUACCAUUUGCCAAUAGGCAACUUUAUUCCGAAACAAGUUAACGUGUCCCAUUUAAUUCCUUAAAAAUCUAAUCAUCUAAUCUAAAUCUAAAGAUCUAAUCGUCUAAUCAAGACAAACAAGUUUGUGUAUUACUUUAUUUUCUUGGGUCUAACUAAAUACACCCCGUUUUAAGAUUAAAAUCUCAAUAUCCGUUAGUCAUGUCACGUGACCAAGGCAAGCUCACUGGACAUAUCAAACAUAUUCCCCACGGAUAGUGUCCUUCGUAUGUAUUGCCUUAUAUGGGCAUAGAUGCCCAUAUUUAGAAGAGCUUAAGUUUUCCCGCUCCCUGAUCUCCAGAAAACAUGGUAAAAAUACUGAUUCCUGUUAAUUUGAGACUCGCGGCAAAAAUUAUUAAGCAAAACUUGCUCGCUUGGUCAAAUCUUUUUCUUACUAAUCCUAAAAACUUCUUAGACCCAGGCCUCCAAGAGAUUGACCGAGCGGGUUUUAAGGUCACCAAAAUAUUGAUAUGUCCUAAAUACUUUUACUUGAAAAUUUCAAAUUUGGUUUAGUAUUAUAUGGGAUAAUGUGCUAUGUUUGCGUAUAAUAAGAACACAUAAGCACCUUUCGGUCUUCGAACUACACAUUACCAUUUGCUUAUUUGCCGUUUGCACUGAUGACGUUUUUUGGAUAAAAAAGUGUGCUGUACCACGAAGUGCUUUAUAUAUAAGUAUCAAGUGAAUAAACUUGGACAAAAUAAAAAAAA